AUGCACCAAGCAAUCCCUUACCGAUCAUGGCAAUCAAUUGACACAAAACAAACCACAUUAUCAAUGAGACCACCAUGGGCCGCCACCGUCGUCGGUGGAUCAGCAGCGUCCAUGCCCUCCGAGGGUGGAGGAAGAAGAAGGGACGUCGUUGCGUCAGUUUCCGAGAGUGCGGCGAUAGUGUUUGCUAGAAGAGGAUGCUGUAUGAGCCAUGUGGUAAAGCGUCUUCUAUUAGGACUGGGAGCCAAUCCGGCGGUGUAUGAAGUGGAUGAAGAACAAGAAUCUGGAGUGCUCAAGGAAUUGGAGGCUUUUGCUAAAUCUUCUAAUGUUAAUUUGCAAUUGCCGGCUGUCUUUAUCGGAGGCACCUUGUUUGGGGGUUUGGAUAGAGUCAUGGCUACUCAUAUUUCUGGGGAUUUGGUUCCUAUUUUGAAACAGGCUGGAGCCUUGUGGCUUUAA